UCCCUAGCAGGUGUUGAGACCUGCUUACAGGACCGUGGUAUAAACUGAAGAAAUGUUAUAUUUUUAUUUAUUUUAACGAAAUAAAAAAGAUUUUUAAUCUCAUGCAUUUAAAAAAAAAAUGACAAUAACUGUACUAUUUUUUCGAUCUUCCCCGAUUGAGUUCUUCUUGUAAUAGUAAAAUAAAGCUUCCUAAAAAAAAAAACUGUUGUGAAAUAGUCAAAAUUGGGAAAAGUCGUUAAACUGUAUACCAAAAACCUUGUUCUUGAAAAAUCCCCAUAAUAUCUCCAUGUUAAUAUUCAUAGGACGAUAGAUGAGUAUAGGUACUUUCAGGAGGACUGCGGCUUUUUAAAAUGUCUGCAAAACAGAAAUUCGAAGUUUUAUUUAUUUUGGGUGGUCCUGGUGCGGGUAAGGGAACAUUGUGCAGGUACAUCACUAAAAAAUAUGGUUAUGUCCAUUUGUCAGCUGGAGAUCUGUUAAGAGAGGAACGUAUGAAGCCGAAUUCAAAGUACGGAGAACUUAUCGAAAAUUAUAUUAAAGAUGGAAAAAUUGUGCCAGUCGCAAUUACUUGCAGUCUUCUAGAUAAUGCCAUGCAGACCAGCAAUAGUCCGCAUAAAAGGUUCCUGAUUGAUGGUUUUCCAAGAAACCAGGACAAUGUUGAUGGUUGGAAUGAGGCAAUGUCAGAAAAAUGUGUAAUAAAAGGGGUAUUGUUCUGUGAAUGUAGUAAAGAAGUAUGUACCCAGAGAUGUUUAAAUCGUGGUGCAGCAGGAAGUGGCAGGUCUGAUGACAAUGAGGAAGUUUUAGUCAAAAGACACGAAACUUACAUUACAAAUACAUUACCUAUAAUUGAGUAUUAUGAGAAGCAAAACUUUGUAUACAAAGUUAAUAGUAUGCAAUCACCAGAUAAAGUAUUCGAAGAUGCUAAAGAGGUUUUAUCUAAAAUUGGAUGGUUAUGAAUUAGUAGGAAAUGUUAAUUGAUCUCAGUGAGAUCAAGUUAUAAUCCAUUUGCAUUUAAUGUUAUUUCAUAAAAGAAAAAAAAAAUGUACAUAUAUAUGUAUAUGUAUUGUAAGAAAAUUUAAUUCAUACUAGUGCAAUAUAUUAUAUUUAUACUGUCUUUAA